ACUCAACUUCAACAUUACAUCAGCCCCGGGCAGAUGUCUAAGGAUUUGAGAGGGGAGGAAGAAAGUUAGAAUCGGAAGCAGAAGGAUGCAGCUCACCACCUGCCUGCUGGGCUGAGCUUUUAAUGCGAUUUAAAUUUCUAAGCUCUAUGUAGGCAUCCUGGAAAUGGUGGUCUUCAUUAAUGCAAAGAUCAAGUCUUUAAUUAAACUUUUUAAGAAAAAAACGGUUUCCAACCUCGAUGAGGAGAGUAGAUGGACAGUUCACUACACUGCCCCAUGGCACCAGCAGGAGAAUGUGUUCCUUCCCACUACAAGACCACCCUGUGUGGAGGACCUGCACCGCCAAGCCAAGCUCAACCUCAAAUCAGUAUUGAGGGAAUGUGACAAACUGCGGCGGGAUGGCUACCGAAGUUCUCAGUACUACUCCCAGGGGCCCACCUUUGCAGCCAACGCCAGCCCACUCUGCGAUGAUUAUCAAGAUGAAGAUGAAGAAACAGAUCAAAAGUGUUCUGUUUCUUCAUCAGAAGAAGAAAGACUUAUUUCCAUCAGGAGACCUAAAACGCCAACCUCAGGUGACUUCUCUGACCUUAAUACUCAAACAAAUUGGACCAAGUCACUUCCCUUGCCAACACCAGAAGAGAAGAUGCGGCAGCAAGCCCAAACAGUCCAGGCUGAUGUGGUUCCCAUUAACAUAACUGGGGAGAAUUUCGAUCGCCAGGCCAGCCUUCGGCGGUCUCUAAUUUACACAGACACUCUGGUAAGACGACCGAAGAAAGUCAAAAGGAGAAAGACUAUUACAGGAAUCCCUGACAACAUACAGAAGGAGCUAGGUAUGGCUCAUCAGAACUGUAUUCUGUUGCCCCUCAUUACUGCUCAGCAUUACUACGCUAACCUCAUCGUGGUGCUUAUGAGAUCAAUACAUUCUGAUAGCCUUCCUGCUGCAGCAAAUCGGGAGAAUGGAUCCCAAGCCAUGAGCUAUAACUAUAAAAACAACCUGAGCUCCCCAGUGCACGCCCAGGAUGUGGAUGGCAAGAGCGAGUCCAGUCAUUCAGGAGGCACGGGGCCUGGUAGCUCAGAGCCUUGGGAAUACGGUGCCUCUGGUAACGGGCAGGCAUCCCCACUGAAAGCACACUUGGCAACUCCUGGCCACUCCACUCCCGGAAGUAACGUGAGCAGCGGCAGUCUGGACCAAACAUCCACCAAAGAUGAUGCCAGGUCCCUGUAUUCAGAGGAGCACGAUGGCUACUACAUGGCUAUGCACCCCGGCCUGGGAGACGGAUCUGGAAGCCAGUACAGUAGCGACGGCUUUGGGAACCCCAGGCACAGUGUGGUCAAUGUUUUUGAUGGGAGAGCUCAGAAAAAUCAGGGGGACCGGUCACAUUACCAUGACAAGUCCCUUUCGCGAAACAUCUCUUUGAAGAAAGCGAAGAAGCCACCUCUGCCACCCUCUCGGACAGACUCCCUGCGCAGGAUCCCCAAGAAGGGCAUCCAGUCCAACGGGCAGGCGCUGAACGAGAGCCUGAUCGCCUCGCUCCAGCACUCGCUGCAGCUGAACCUCCCAGGCAAGGGCGGCAGCUCGCCCUCCCAGAGCCCCUGCAGUGACUUCGAAGAGCCCUGGCUGCCUCGCUCCCGCAGCCAGAGCACUGUGAGCGCGGGCAGCAGCAUGACCUCGGCCACCGCCCCCAACGUCUACUCCCUGUGCGGGGCCACGCCGUCGCAGAGCGACACGAGCAGCGUCAGGUCCGAGUACACGGACCCUUGGGGUUACUACAUUGACUACACAGGCAUGCAGGAAGACCCCGGGAACCCCGGCGGGGGCUGCUCGGCCGGCAGCGGGGCGCCGGCGGGAAACGGGCCAGUCCACCACGUCCAGGAGGGAGCCAGGACCAUGUUGCCCCAAGUGCCUGGUGGCUCCGUCAAACCAAAGAUCACAUCGCCGGAGAAGUCCCACAGAGUCACUUCUCCGUCCAGUGGGUAUUCCAGCCAGUCGAAUACACCCACAGCACUCACCCCUGUGCCUGUGUUUUUAAAAUCAGUGUCACCAGCAAACGGGAAGGGGAAGACCAAGCCCAAGGUGCCAGAAAGGAAGUCCUCUCUGAUAUCAUCAGUGUCCAUCUCCUCAUCGUCCACGUCUCUGUCUUCCAAUACUUCCACGGAAGGAAGCGGGACAAUGAAGAAGCUGGAUUCGGUGCUGGCCUCUCCCCUUGCUGCUGCUCCAUCCCCUUCUCUUCCCUCACCAUGUCCAGUGGACAAGUCCCCUUUUCUUCCUCCUCCCCCACCAUUAGUAGAUUCCCCUGACGGCUCUCUGCCUCAGUCUCCCCUCUUCCCCCCUCCACCACCAGAAGUUCUCACUCCCUUCUCUUCCCCCACCAGCUCGUGCUUUCCUCCUCCCUCCAGGGCGCUUAGCCCCCUUACUCUGUGUGCACCUGCCUCCCUGCCGCCUCCCCCCACUUCCGUACCCUCCUCAGCUCCCCCGCCUGCCCCACCCCUUGACCCCAAAUGGAUGAAAGAUGCCAGGCCUUCUUUCAAAAAAUCUGGCCAGUCAGAGUGUUCCCGGGAGGCCUUUCGGCAGCCUUCUAACAAGGAGGAGGGCAGCAGACCCCCCAUGCCCCUGAUAACCACUGAAGCAUUGCAGAUGGUACAGUUGAGGCCCGUAAAAAAGAACUCAGGAACCGAGCAAGCACUGUUAUAUGAACAAGUAUCUCAGGAAAAACUAACUCCGGUUGUUCCCCAGUAUCAUUUAAAGCCAUCUGCUUUCUUGAAAUCCCGAAAUAGCAUAAAUGAAAUGGAGAGUGAAAGCCAGCCUGCCUCUGUGACAAGCUCACCGCCGACUCCUGCCAAGAGCUUGAGUCAGGGUCACCAGGACGGUGCGGCCGAGCGUGGCCUCGCGAGCCGCAGCCCGGGCAGCACCGGGGAGGCAGAGGUUGGGCCCGGCCCCAGGGCCGCCCCGCUCCAGGAGCCCCCUGGCCCUUCACCCAGCAGGAAGCCACCCCCCAUUUCCAAGAAGCCCAAACUGUUCCUCGUGGUGCCACCUCCGCAGAGAGAUUUCACAGCGGAGCCCGCGGAGAACGUGAGCGGAGCAUCCCUUAGCCCCACGCGGGGAGAGGCAACAGAGAGUUGUAGAUCCAGGGCUGGUGCCGAGGAGCCGGGCUUUGGCAGCCCGGUCCUUGAGGGAGAAGCUGCAGGAUCUGCGUCCCCGGGUGGAGUGAAAGCCCAUGUCCCCAUGGUGCAGCCCGAUGUCUCGCCAGCCCCCUCGCAGGAGGAGCCAGGUGCCGAGAACAGUACAGACGGUGGAGGAAACGUGGAGAGCUGCCUGUCUCUACAGGACGGAGGGCCUGGGGUGCCAGAGCCCGACACAGCUGGCUCUUCCUCGGAGGCCGGUGACUUCCUUAAGGAAGAGGGGAGUGAUGAGGUGAUGACCCCCAGUAGACCCCGGACCACAGAAGACCUCUUUGCAGCUAUUCACAGAUCCAAGAGGAAAGUCCUUGGCCGUAAAGAUUCAGAUGACGAUCACUCCCGAAACCAUUCUCCCUCCCCUCCGGUGACACCCACCGGUGCUGCUCCCAGCCUGGCGUCCCCAAAGCAGGUGGGGUCGAUUCAGAGAAGUGUCCGUAAGAGCAGCACCAGCAGCGACAACUUCAAAGCUCUGCUGCUAAAAAAGGGGAGUCGGUCAGACACCAGCGCGCGCAUGUCUGCAGCCGAGAUGCUGAAGAACACAGACCCUAGGUUCCAGAGGUCAAGGUCAGAGCCUUCACCAGACACCCCGGAGAGCCCAUCAAGCUGCUCCCCAAGCAAGAACAGAAGGGCCCAGGAGGAGUGGGCCAAGAACGAAGGCUUGAUGCCUCGGAGCCUGUCCUUUUCGGGUCCCAGGUACGGCCGCAGUCGAACGCCACCUUCCGCGGCCAGCAGCAGGUACAGUGUGAGGAACCGGAUCCAGAGCAGCCCCAUGACCGUCAUCUCGGAAGGCGAAGGGGAGGCCGUGGAGCCUGUGGACAGCAGGGCUCACUGGGCCCUGGGCGCUGCAAGGGGGUGUUCCCUGGAUGGACUGGUGGGCAGUGAGACGGACAAGGGCAGCCUGCUCUGUGGCGGGGAGCCCGCCGCCUCGCUGUCAGUACAGGGUGCUGGCCCCGCGGACGGGACCGUCGGCGCCCAGGGCACAGAUCCAGCACAACAGUGUGGAGGUCCUGUGCAGGGAGAGAGCUAGGAACAAGAACGCGAAUCUCCCAGGUAACACGAGGGAGGCGCACGACGCGUGGCUCUAGGAAAGCCUGACCGGUACCCUUCCCUGCCUUGCCCGUGGAUCCCACUCAGCGUGCAUGCUGAGGGCCCGGGCGCCGCCAGCCCGGCAGCGGAAGGCCAGCAUCACGCAGGACCCACAUGUCACUUGGCCUGUGGCUUAAAAGCAAGUAGAAGCUUAACUUCUGAAAGUGCUUCCUGGGGAAGAUUUUUUUUUCCUUUUUUUUCCCCCCUAAAUGCUGGGUGUGUGUGUGUGUGUGGAGGGGUGGGUGUGUGUGUGCAUUUUGAACACUUUUUAUGUUUAAAAAAAUACACACACACAGCAUGUACAGACGUAGGAGAAGGAAACACAAGCUGGGCAGAGUAAUGGAGUCUUCUGGAUGAGGUGGUCAUAAUUGCUUUAGAAGUAUUACCUUUUGGAAAUUAAUGAGUUUCCGAAGAAGGGGGAGAGAGAACCGUUCCUUCUAUGGAGAGGGGCCGAUGCCCGGGUGCCGCCCCAGAGGACACGUGGGUGUGGGCCCCAGUGUGCUUUGGAGGUGAGCCGUGUUGUGAUUAACCCAAAAUGAUGGGAAAGGGCUAACUGACUGGUUCAGGUACUUGGGGGGUGGGGGCUGGGGUGGGGAGGAAAGGCUUUGUUUCUUUCUUGUGAAAAUGGCAAGCCUGCGAAGGUGGCAUGCUGUGGGUCGGAGCCUGCUGCUUUGCAGCACAGACACACAACUCCCAGCCUGACUUUGAGACACGUGGGUCCUUCUGUAUGCGGUUCCUCCUUGAGCAGCCGAGCAACGACGGUGUGCACGGACGGAGAGGGUGAGCGAGGAGGGGGCACGUGGUACCCUGCUGGAAGCUGUUUCCUGCUUAUUCAAUGAAAUUAUUUUUCAGAAUUAAAUUUGAAAACUUGCACUACAGAACUGUGGGUAGAGAUUUUCCUUUUACGACUGUUUUUACCAGAGUUUAUACUUCCAUUUGGCAAUUUCUUAUCAUUUGAAAUGUCAGCAUUUGCUAACUUUGGAUAUCCUUUUGGUUACACCAAAGAAAAAGGUAUGACUAUUUUUCCUUGAACUGCCUACAGUAUCAUGUCCUCAUUUAGACAGGUUUAUCAGAAUCGAUUAUCUAUUAUCUUAACUUUGAAGAAAAUGCUGAAUAGCUCUUGUUAGUCAAAUAAACUAAUACAAAUUGGCAGGGCUUGGCUAUUAAUUAGCCCUGAGAAAUGAGUUUUUAGGUUAAAAAGAUUUUUUUGCAUCAUUUGGUUUGUGAGUUUUUAUAUUUUUUAUAAAGAAUUGAGUUGGCUAAUUACCUUCUAAUCUUCUCCAGUUAGAAUUUUAAUACUUUCAGGCAUGGGAGAAAAGUGUGUAAAGUAUUUAUUUUUAUGUCCUAUUCUUGUGACCUCCUUUUCCCCGCUUCCUCCCAGCUGACGUGUACGUAGACUCCUAUAUUUGUUGGCUAAAUAAAAUAAGUCUUGUCUUCUUCAUUUGAAGGACCUAAGAGGACAAUACUGAGACUCUUGGCCAAUGCACAAGGCAGCUGCCACUGGUCAUCUUUUUUGGUAUAAAAAUAUCAUCGAAAAGUUGGACUGCCCAAGCCAGAUUUUCAGAGGGUUUGUUAGACAUUACAACUCUAGAAACCCAUUUUAGACACGUCUUUGAGACAAAAACAAGCCUAAAGAAUUAAGACUUCUUCCGUUCUCUGAAGAAAACAAAACACUUCUUUUUCACACAACCAGAAAUCAAGACCUAACAUUCGCCUGAAGGCUAAAGGACUUUUUACCAUUCAGAGCAAUUGUCUACCACGUUGGGCACAAGGAUCUUUUCUUCUAAAUUUUAGAAAAGUGGUGUUGGCUUUUGAGUAUGAAAUCUUCUCAUAGCUCCCUAAACGAGAUUAGAAUGUACAUGAAUAUCAGGAAACCUUAACUUAAUAUAUAAAUCAUUUAUGUUGAAGGUAUAAAGUAAACAACAUUAAAACUAAUUAUAAAACUAUUAAACCCAUUUUUAAAGAAGAAUUAGGUUUUAAAAUUUGCUUUGAAUAAAACAAUUGUAAAGUAAAUAUCUGAACGUUAUUUCUUUUUGUUUGUACAUGCAUUUUUGAAUAAUAAGAUGGGUCUCCUUUCACGGAACUGUUGAGUGCUUUGCUGGAUACAAACAGAACAGUAGUGAAGACCAGAAGGCGCCUGUGGGAGGUGGGGACCCAACAGAGAGGAGAUAGAACAUCACAGACACUGUGGAUGGCGCCGUCUAAAAGGACGUAUGGAAAAACAACUCUGAACAAUGUCCUAUGGACUCUUGAAUAAAAAAUGAAUAAUGUAUUGACUGAUAGUUCAGGUGAUGUGGCAUGUGGAGAGCUGCGAGAACUUUUCACAGGCAUGCAUGAAAUACAGGGAGACAAUCUGACUCACCCCGAAACAUACGGCAUCUUUAGCUUUGCUGCGGUAUUCCUCUGUGAGGACUCACUGCUAUUAACAGACCAUAUCAUCUUUAAAAAUUCAGUGAGCGUAGACGGGUGACCCUUCCUUAUACCCUGAGACUGCAAGUGCCGGAUAAUCAUAGGCAGAAGCCCUGGGGAGAAAUUAUUUCCACCUUAUUUUUCCUGAGAGUUGGGGGAGAGAGAAAUGACCACAUGGUCUGCCAGUGGGAAGACACCUCAACUUUGGUCUGAUUUCUGCCCUCCUCCUUCUGAAGAAUGUUGAUUGAAACCAUUGCUUCUCCUGUGGGGAUCUGAGUAUAUUCGUUUGGGGAGUCACAAUGACAAGGGGAAGAAAGGCAUUUCUGCAUCUCGAUCUUCUUCCCCCUGCCCCCCCCACCCAGCACUAUCCCCGGCUCUGUGAUGGGCAUCCUGGUAGGACCAGUGAGGCAGGGGAUUGGCUUUAUUGGUUCUGCCUUAAUGUGUUUUCAGCACAUUAACUGAAGGUGAAUAAUCGUUUAUGUUACUGAGAUUCCAUCAUGAAAUGAGUACAACAGGAU